UGUGAGCGCGAAACACGAUAGGGCUGUCUCCUGGUGGUGCCUCGAUUACAACACAGCACCAGUGUUGUCGCGUGUUGUCCAAAGUCGUCCAAGGCCCAAUAGCUGUCCCUGUGCUCGAGACGUUAAGGUCCUGUAAUGAUCAGGGCUUUUGCUAUCCGGGAAUCCUCCGGUGUCCGGUAACGUAACCCAGCAGGAAGGUCCCGGCAUCACAGCACACACCGUGUAUUGCGACAAUAUUGCAGAGCUUGUACCCUCCGAUAGAUCACCUUAAUUUCUUGGCGCGUUAUUAGUUCAGUACGGCAUCAAACUUCAUACAGAACCUUGGCUACAAAAGAAACCUCAGUGUAAUACAUCUUGUCAGUUUUCUUCUCACCGCAAAUGACGAGCUUGAUGGAAGAUUGAAUUCACAACAUUUCUCCAGGAUUAUCGGUUCAGAAAACCGCAGAGUGUAGAAUCAUUGGAACCGCGAUCUAUACUAAUUCAACUGACAGAUAGACCGCAGCGACAUUAGAGGAUCGUUACAAAGGGCACGUAGUUUUCGAUGUUCCGACGCCUGUGGAAGACGAAAUGGCUGUUGCGACCGACGGAAAUAUUGUGGUACCAGUGGAUCGGAGGAAUAGGAUCGAUGCUGAUGCUGGGUGUGAUCGGGAUGUUAAUCGGGAUGCUUUCGCCGCUUCUGGCCCAGAUGACCUCCCCGAACCCGUCACUCUUCCUCACCCUGGACGAGGCCUCCUGGGUGGCGUCGUUGUCUAGUCUGGCGCGUCUGGUGGGUGCGAUUUUUGGCUCAAUCGGCGUCCACUACCUCGGGGGUAAGAGGGCGAUGCUUAUCGCGGGAUGCCCUCUGCUGCUGGCUUGGGUUUGCCUCAUCCUGGCUGACUCGGCAAAAUGGCUCUACGGGACCAGCUUCGCCCACGGGCUGGGCAUAGGGAUCGCGUUCGUCAGUUUUCCGGUCUACCUCGGCGAAGUGAGCAGUUCACCGACCCGCGGCGCUUUGGUGUCCUUCGCCGUGACCGGGUUUCCUCUGGGCUCGUUGAUAGGCAACAUCUUGGGCACCUAUCUACCAAAAACCACGUUCGGCUACAUAGCUUUGGCGCCGACAAUCGUUUACAUCGCCAUCUUCCUAUGCGUCCCCGAAUCUCCUCACUACUUUGUCAGGAUGGGCAAAUUGGACCAAGCCGAGAGGUCGAUAAGCCGGUACCACCCGAAGGUGGUCGUCGAGGAGGAGCUGCAGUCCUUGCAGAAAUUCACCUCCGAAUCGAAUUCGAUAACGGCCGGGGACCGACUGCGGGAAUUGUUAACACCACGAAACAGGAAGGCUGGAGUAAUAAUUCUGAUACUGUACUUCUUCAUGCACUUCAGUGGUCUCAAUUCCAUUAUUUACUACAUGGAAAUUAUUUUGAAAACAAGCAAGGUGACUGCGAUAACUCCCGCGACGGUUGUGAUCGUGGCCAACGUCCUUGAUUCCGUGGGCGGAUGGGUGUCGAUGUCUUUGGCCGAUAGUUACGGACGGAAGCCAAUGUGGAUAAUCUCGGCUUGCGGAGCUUGCGUAUCCAUGCUUUUAACUGGAGUAAAUUUUACUCUUUUGGCCAAUGGCUAUAAUUCUUACGAACAGCAGUGGGUGCCGAUUGUUUGUAUGAUCAGCUUCCGGGUGUUCCUAUUCGUGGGUGUCUUCUCUCUUCCUAGUAUAUUUAUGAGCGAGCUUAUCGCACCGAAUGUGAAGGGCGUGGUGGUUUGUUUAGCCAAUAUUGUUGCGGGGCUCGUCGCCUUUGCCUCAACGAAAAGUUAUCAACCUUUGGUGGAUGCCUUCGGCGAAGCUUUCGUGUUCUACUUGUAUGCUGUUAUCAUGCUUUUAGCCUCUAUUUUUGGCAUGACGUUGCCUGAAACAAAGGGCAAGACCUUGCAGGAGAUUCAGAACAUGUAAAUACAAAAAUAACAUUACAAGCUGAAAAUAGCCUCCGCAAAAAAUCUGCGUAUUGUAACGCAUUAUAUGAAUCUCAGUUUCAUUUAAUUCUAAUAUUGUUUGCGUUCGAAUUCAGCAGUUACGAUGAAUCAGUAAUCAUUGAAUGUUGAAUCUGUGUUAUGCAGUGAUUUGUGAAUAUGAUUAUUUCUGAACUUUAAAUUGAUAAAUUCAAAAAGUAGUAGAACUUCAGUUCACUAGAAAGCAACCGUAGCGGGUUGAGUCAUUAAAUGUAACCGAUGUAUCUUAUCUUUUUUAACUACCUUACAUAUAUGUACGAAACCCAACGUCUCUCUGCCUGUCGUUAUCUUCCCCUUAUAACUCCAGAACCACUGAAUCAAUUUUGAUUUUUUUCCGAAAAUAGCUGCAAUAAACUCUUACAGAUAGAGGAAAGUUAUGUUAAAGAGUUUUCAAGGCCUCUAUGAGCUGUACAAAAAAAUCCGCCAAAGCAUAAAGAUACUAUGUCUUAAAGUUUCGCCAGAAGAAAUACUUAAAAAUAUUUUCGGUUGGAACCGCAACGGCCAAUUAUUAUAUUAUAUAUAUUCUAUAAUACACGCGGCUCGUGGACAAAUUUUACUAACUGCAAGUUGUCAUAGUCAAUUCCUGAUAAUCUAUAAGGUAUUUAUAAUUUACUUCAAUUACUGAACGAAUGUAUGUUAAAGAGAGAACUGUGAGACCAAUUGAGGUGAAUAUUGUUCUUCAAAAGUAUUUAAUCUUGAGUAUUGUUACAUGAUAGCUUUUCUGCUCUCAAAUCAAAUGAAAGUAAAGCGAGUCGAAAUUUAAAUUUCAUUUCCGCAAUGUAUCUCAUUUUUUUACUGAGUAAGAAAAUCCCGCAAGUUGCAAAAGUUACGUGAAUUACCAUAAUCAUACAUUCCAUUUUAGGGUUAAAACGAAUAAAAACUUUCCCUGCAGCUCCAAUAUUCAAAUAUCAGUAAGACAAGCGUCGAAAUACGUGAGCGUAGGAAUACACUAGUUAUCCGAAGUUUAGGGAAAGUUGUGUAAUCUUCAAAUAUUUAUCGGUCGUGUAACGCGACCAGUUCUAAAGCGACACUAGGCAGGGAUAUAUAAGCAAAUUGCUUACGUGCCCGCAGGUGGGACCGUGAGGAUUAUAACUCAUCUAAAACUUCCACAGGUGGAACCAGUCACAUGAUUUUGUGGCGAAUAAGAUUCACCAGAGCAGAGGAAAACCAAGUACAACUUCCGACAGAGUUCCUUCCGAUCGCAAAACUCUUUUGUCGAUAGACGAAUUUAAAGGCAAAGUGCAUCGAGAAUUCGCGUAAGACUUUUGGGACGUACGAAUUUAUUUUGAAAUUAUUUAAAAGUACAACGAAA